CAGCAGAUGAGUAACUGGAAAGUCCGUGACAUCUAAGAGGGCUUCAGGAAAUCCGCGUUGAGGUUUGUGUCCUUUAAAAGGAAGGAUAUUAGCCAUUUCUUCGUCUCGCUUCCAGGUUGGAUACAACUUCCUGUCAGGUUGUCUCGGCCGUGAAAUUUAAGCAAAACCGAGUAGAUGCUCCCGAGUGCUAGCUCUUUGUGCAAGCUAGCUCUUUGUGUGGCUAACUGCUAAGCUAGCUGAGGUAACGCUAUGUUGUUGUUGUUGUUGUUGAGCUGAGCAGCCCUCCCGCCGUCUGGGAGAGCGGAUCCAUCAGCUGUGUAUGGAGAAACGCCUUCUCUCCUCUGCUGACAGCGUCCGUGAAGGUUAGCAAAGCGACAGCCGGAGAGGGGAGAGUUUGACCGAAGAGGGAGGAGAUGGGAAACUGUCUGAAAUCUCCCACCUCGGAUGAUAUUUCUCUGCUACAUGAAUCCCAGUCGGACCGGGCCAGCUACGGGGACGGUGCUGACCUCGACCAGGAGCCCCCGCCCCCAUAUCAGGAGCAAAUCCAUGUGCCUGUCUACCACCCAACACCCAGCCAAGCCCGACUGGCCACUCAGCUGACGGAGGAGGAGCAGGUUCGCAUCGCACAGCGAAUCGGACUCAUCCAGCACCUCCCGAAGGGCGUGUACGACCCGGGGCAGGAUGGGUCUGAGAAGAAGAUCAGAGAGUGCGUCAUCUGUAUGAUGGACUUUGUAUACAGGGACCCCAUCCGGUUCCUGCCCUGCAUGCACAUCUACCACAUGGACUGUAUAGACGACUGGCUGAUGAGAUCCUUCACCUGCCCCUCCUGCAUGGAGCCUGUGGACGCCGCGCUGCUUUCCUCCUACGAGACCAACUGACACACACACACGCAUGAAAGCACACACGUACAUACCCGCACACAUACACUGUAUAUGCCCAUAGACACCUGUGAACCAGAAUGGACACACACACACACACACACACACACACACACACACACACACACACACACACACACACACACACACACUCACAUACAAUAUGCAAACACAUAGACAUGCACACAACUUCCGACUUGCUAACCUGUAUCCUGGAUUAGUAAGGUGUUUAUAAAGCAGUGACGCUGUAAAAGAUUUAGGAUGAACUCUUGUGUGUGUGUGUGUGUGUGUGUGUGUGUGUGUGUAUAUGUGUGUGCUUGUGUGAGCUAGAAUGCCUGUGUGUAUGCGUGUGCCGCACAAGUUCCUCCGUUGGCCUGCUGGACAGGAUUGAUUUCAGGAGGACCGAACAGAGUGUUGGUGUUACUCACAAACCGGAAAGGGCUGGACCGAGCAGACCUGAGGAGCGUGACAGACUGGAACUGACAGUCGGGGAUGUGAGGGUACCAGUGUAAAGGGAAAGGAUGAUGGUUAACUGAUAUGAUUAACAAAUCCAACAUCUGCUUUUAUAUGCACGAAUACAAACAGCCCAUACACACACUUCCUUUAUUAACUUCCCAUCGUUGAUAUGAACAAUACAGAAGGAAGGACAGCUAACGCAGAUUGUGCUUGUUGGACUGCCGAAGCCUGAUUACUAUAACGCCACACUGCAGGACAAGUGGAAGGAAACGUCCCUUCUGCGAGCUGCUUGGACGUGUCUUCACACAGAUGCCUGAUGCAGAGUCAUAUCUGCUGCAAAAACUGCUACGGAUUGCGGAUGUGUAAUUUUUAAAGACUGCUAAACCUGGACAUCAGACUUGAUACUGCAAAUAGCAUAUAUAUAUAUAUAUAUAUAUAUAUAUAUAUAUAUAUAUAUAUAUAUAUAUAUAUAUAUAUAUAUAUAUAUAUAUAUAUAUAUAUAUAUAUAUUCUGCAGACAAACCACAGGCCUCCACUGGUCCACAGCACCUGGGCCUGGAGUUGUCUGUCUGUAUAGAGAAAUAGAAGAUGUGGUCGGUGGAUUGUUUGAUCGUCCCGUGGCUUUGUGAAAUCUGUUCCGUGUUUGUUUUGUCCGUUAGCAUAAGGGCUUUGACAAACCAGUGUUUACCAGCAACACUUAAGGCAAAAGAAGAAAAAACAGUUUGUGCUUGAGCCACUAAUGUGGUGGAUAGCUGGCCAACUGUUGCUGUCAAGCUAUCGACUCCUCGUGACUUUUCUCAAUCGCAGUGAGCGAUCAGAUUAUUGGCCAAAGCACAAGUUGACCGGUUAACAAACCGUUGAUACGAAUCAGUGGUGUUUGCACUUCUUAAUCAGACUUGUGACAAGAGAAGACCAUAUGCAUUCAGUGAUUAUGUCAAAGUGAGGUAUGUAAUUUGUUUUACCUACAUUCUCAGUACCAUUGCAAUGAUCUGUUAAUGAAAGCCACUCUCUUUGGACCAGGAGUGGAAAACGCACAUUAUUACUGGUGACCUUAACCAAACUACUGAAUUAAUUAAUUCCAAGUUUGGAGCCCCUGUUAUCGUCCAAAUCAUGUAAUUCUAGGGACAAAUCAAGAACAGAAUUAAAAACAUAAAGAAGUUUGGCUCAUUUGAAUGUGUUUGCAUACAUUCAAUGGCUUCGUUCAGCAUCCUGUCUUGUUGUAAACAACAACCAGAUCAUAAAACCAGAUCAAAGCAAACAUUCACAGGGGAAACGGUUGAACGCUUGCACCAUCAGAACACCGGUGACAGUUUGUGACAGUGAACAUGACUGAAGACGCUUACUUAUCUGAUGUGGUAUGAAUAAGCCUUUAUACAUUGCUGACGUGUUCUCACUUCAGAAAGCUUAUAUGUCUAUCCAUUUAUGUUUUUUCUUCAUUUAAUGAUCUCCUCGCCUCAUUUAAAAAUUUCUAUCGCCCCAAGUUUACUGUUAAAGCACAAAGAAAUACAAUUGUUCAGUUAUGCUGUCCUUCUCCCUGCUAACUUUAGCACACAGGUCAGCCGGCAGGACUUUGAAUUAUGCAGGAAAAAGGUAAAUAAUUUGAGCUCCCCCGGCGUAGUGGGUAUGAUACAGAUCCAACACAGUUUGUAAACAUGCCUUCAGUGAUCUGUGUAUGUGUGUGCGUACUUGCGUGUGUUUGUAUUAGGCUUCAUGACCUUUGUUAUGUGUGUUUAAGAAAGGUUGGGGGGGGGUUUGGCAGUCAGCACCUUAGUUUUUGCACAGUACUUUAAUCUACGUAACUCUUUAUGUGGUCCUCCAUCAGCAAGGUGGAGCUUCAUGGCCUUUGUUUCAAACGUAGGUAAAGGAUGGCAUCAGCUGCUAAAAAUGUGGAACAUGAAGGGUGAUACAGAGACAGUUUAGAUACAUGCCAUGUCAAGGACAUUUUUAUAAUCUCAUUGUCACAAAAUGAAUAAAUAAACUGUCCAAUCCAAACAGCACAAUAAACAGUAUCGUGGUGUUUGGAUCGGAUUUCUGUUCCAUGACUAAGCUCUUAGUUCCUACUUCUUUCAUAUAUCAGAUGACAGUUUGGCAACAAAAGCAUUUUUGAAGUGUAUGCAAUUUUCUUUGCUUUUUUUUUAACAGAAGAAAUCUGGACCUUAUCAUAGCUGGCUGGAACUGGAAAUGCGUCAUGCAUUCCAGGCAUUUUGGGUGAUAAACAAAAACCGUGUCAUGAAAUUAUUUGCCAUAGCUCCUUAAAUUCAUCAAGACUCAUUUAAUAAAAAGAAUCCUCACGGGUGAAGACUUGCACUCUUACGAAACCACAUGCACAUGCAAUACUGUGGAACUUGGUGGAGAUGCUUCUUUUCAGUAACUGUCCUCCACUAAAAAGGAAGCAGCUGCCCAAAAUGUUUCUCAAUCACGAGCCACUGAGAGCUUUGGUCCAGACUUUGACUCUCGGAACAGAUUUGUUUGUUGGAAAAUGUCCACACUUAAAGGAAUGAUAAGUGCUGUUUUGGGGUGGAUUUUCUGCUUUUAAGUACAGGAUUGAACAAGGAGGUUUGCUCAUAUGUGAGUGGGGUAUGUGUUGUAUGUUUGUGUACGGAUGCUUGUUAGACCUUUCCUUGUUUGUAAGCAUAAAUAUGAAUAUGCUAUGUACUACAGGCAAAUAAUAAAUAGACAUUGCAACAGA